UAAAAAUCAACCAAGCCAAGACAAACAGAAGGAAAAUAUGGUCAUCCAAGACAGGCAUACCCUUCCUUCCCCUGUGACGGAUGACAGACACCACCACCGCCCUCUGCCGCCACAUGUCGACGUGCCUCUUGAUCGACACCGCCUCCAACGACCCCUUUCUGCCACCUUGGUCGCCGCCAUCGUCAUCUCCGCCACCACAAGUGUUUGAUCUGAGGCGAAGCAUGGUCUGGUUUGGAGAAAAGCACCGCUUUCGCUCAUCGUCAUCGUCGUCUUGGGACAAGACAGCUCCCAUUGCUAGGCGAGUUCGCACCCGCCACGCAACCCAACAACCCCCCGUCUCAGCUGUCGACUCCUCUCCUCGAGGCUCUUCCCGUCACCCAUCCCUUUUCAGAACAGCAAACGCGCCAAACCGACGAAACUCAUUGCUGCCGAAUCAACCUCGUCUCAGCAUCAACGCCAGCCGCCUCUCCUGCGCCGGCGUCCGCAACCAAUCGCGAGCUAAAGACGAGGGUGCCGCUCUCGCAUCAACGGGAGCUGGCUGUCUCCCGCUCCUUCGCUGCAUGUCUCCGUCCUGCCGUUCUGCCCCACCAAAUUGCUUUUGUACGGCACCCAUACACACAUUUGCUUGCAUCCGUACCAUCAUGCUUGUUGCAUUAGGCCCAGGUCCCUGAUUACCUACUACAGGGGACUUGAGAAGUAUCGACUCGAUUGAACGAUUUGAUAAGCGCCAAUACGCGCA